UGGCGGCGGGCGGCGACCUAGCACUUCCGCUGGGCCUCCGCGGGGGCCCAUUUGAGCUGCGGCCUCGGUGAAGCUUUCGGGCGGAGGGGAAUCGGGCUGCCCCGCGCUGUCGCCGACGAUCGCGACCAUCGCGACAGGCUCGCAGGGAUGACUGAAGCCGACGUGAACCCCAAAGCCUACCCCCUGGCCGAUGCCCAGCUCACCAAGACGCUGUUGGACCUCGUCCAGCAGUCCUGCAACUACAAGCAGCUGCGCAAAGGGGCUAACGAAGCCACCAAAACCCUCAACAGGGGCAUCUCGGAGUUCAUCGUGAUGGCGGCCGACGCGGAGCCGCUGGAGAUCAUCCUCCACCUGCCGCUGCUGUGCGAGGACAAGAACGUGCCCUACGUGUUCGUGCGCUCCAAGCAGGCCCUGGGCCGUGCCUGCGGCGUCUCCAGACCCGUCAUCGCCUGCUCCGUCACCAUCAAGGAGGGCUCCCAGCUCAAGCCUCAGAUCCAGUCCGUGCAGCAGUCCAUCGAGAGACUCCUAGUCUAGGACGAGAGGCGGACCCCGGACGGGAGUCACCUCCCACUCGACACGCGCGUUUCCAGUUUGCGUUCAUCUAUAUACUUAUUCUCCAGCAAUUUUCAUGUAAAGUUUAUUAUUUUUUUUCCUUAAAAUGGUGGUUUGGUGUGGUUUUUCUCUCUCCCCCAUCCCCUUCUCUCUUCCAGCCCCCAAUCACUCGUCUCCCUACCGUCUGUGGCAUUUAGUGGAUCUUGGAACGCCACUCUGCUUGAAGUGGGGUCGGGAGGGUCGGGGUGGAGCGGUGUUCGACCCCCACUUGAGGUGCACUGUACGAGGCAGUUCACAGUAAAGAAGUGACCUGUUUCCUGCCUCCACGGAGCCCACCCUCUAACGAAGGGAACAAAAAUCAAAAGCUAUUGGAAUCCAAAUAAAGCAAACUGAAAGUUC